AUGGGAAUUCCGACAACUCUGUUCUACGCUUUGGUGGCAUUUUCUUUAAUGUGGGAGAUAUCGCAGGCAAUCCACCCACCUUAUGGAAAGGUCAAGAUUGUGAAGGGCAAAUGCAAGUACAAGAACCAUCUGGUUGCUGACGGUGCAUCUCUGCGCUUUGAGAACCCGUGUCAGUCUUGGACCUGCGACGUUCGAUCAAGAUCAUUUGCCAUUCUUCCGUGCGGUAUCAUCGCAAACCCUAUGAACUGCCCAGUCUUCAAAGGCACCGGUCCCUACCCAAGUUGCUGCUAUCAAGUCAAUUGCACAGGAACGGAUCAGUCUGAAGAUACAUGGUUCUAUAACAAAUAA